AUGACGCUUGUACGUUUCACCCUACCGCUAGCACGGCCAUUUUAUUCUACUUCAUUUAAGAAAAGUUUUAACCAAUAUCAAAAAGUAGCAUCAUUACUUCAAAAACGUACUGUUGUUACUCAAAUGGAAACCAACCAUCAAAAAACUUUUUCGAAUCAAAACAAUAUCCCUCGUCUUCCAAUUCCAUCAUUGAAAGAAACAGCUGAGCGUUAUAAAAAGUCUUUAUUGCCUCUUUUAUCUGAUUCGGAUUAUAAUCGAGCAGUCAAUGCUGUUGAUGAAUUUAUGAAAGAAGGUGGUUUUGCUGAAGUUCUCCAACAAAGAUUACAAGAUGUUGAUAAAAGUGAAAAAUACAAUUGGCUCGAGACCACUUGGUUAAACAAAGCCUAUUUAGAAUGGAGAGAACCAUCUCUUAUAAAUGUUAAUUGGUGGGUUGAGUUCAAUGAUCCUGCUACCGGAAUUUUAAAGAGUCCUCCUGCAAAGGGUCAAACCUCCGAAUUUCAAAUCGAUAGAACUGCUGGAUUAAUAUCAAAUGCUUUGACAUUUAAUGAUAUGAUUAACAAUGAAUUAUUACCACCUGAGAAAACUCGCCAAGGCCCAUUGUGCAUGGAUCAAUAUACUAAACAAUUUGGUGCUUCACGGAUUGCUGAUUUCCCUUCCGACCGUAUUAUAACAACUUGGCCUGCAACUGCUAAACAUAUUGUUGUGAUUUUUAAAGACCAAAUUUUCAAAGUUCAAGUCUUAGGUGGAAAUGGUGAAAGGGUUCCUAUUAAAGAAAUUAAAAGGCAACUCCAAUUGGUGGUCGAUCAAGUGAAUAAUUCUACGGAAUUACAGCCUCCAAUAGGUUUAUUGACUGGUGAACAUCGUGAUACUUGGGCAACGGCUCGCAAAAAGCUUGAAUCUUCAUCUGCAGAAAAUAAGAUCAGCUUUGAAGCGAUUGACACUGCUUUAUUUUGUGUAGCAUUGGAUGACUAUCCUACUGAUACGAAUAUAGAUAUUUCUCAUCAUAAUUGUUUUCAUGGAUACAAUGGUCAAAAUCGAUGGUUUGAUAAAGCCAUUCAAUUAAUUGUGGCUAAUAAUGGACGUACUGGUGUUAGUGGUGAGCAUUCACCUUCAGAUGCUGUAAUCCCAGGUCGCAUAUUCGAUUAUAUCAUUGCAAAUGAGCCAGCACAAGAUCCUUCAAAUGCAUCUCCCAUUGAGUUAUCACCCCCUCAAUACUUGAAAUGGGUUGUUGAUAAUUCUAUAAUGAACACCAUUCAACAAGCGCAGAUUAAUAUUCAAGCUGCAAUAGAUAAUGUCGAUAGUGUUUUAUUGCACUAUAGUGAAUAUGGUUCUGAAUGGUUAAAAAAUGCUAAGGUCAGUCCUGAUGCAUUUGUUCAAAUGGCAAUUCAACUUGCAUAUUAUAAACGCUAUGGUGAACCAUGUGCGACUUAUGAAUCUGCUUCAACUAGAGGUUUUUUACAUGGUCGUACUGAAACUGUGAGAACUUGCUCUGUGGACACUGUUGCAUUUACCAAAGCUUUUUAUGAUCCAAAUGUGCCGAAAGAUGAAAAAAUUGCUUUACUCACGAAAGCUAUUAAAUCACACACUGAGUAUAUGAUCUCAGCUACUAAUGGUCGUGGAGUAGAUCGUCACCUUUUAGGUCUUCGAUGCCAAAUCCGUAAUGAAGAAGAAAAAUCUAAGGCAACAUUAUUUAAUGAUCCUUCAUAUAUUCAAUCAAUGUACUUUAAACUUUCUUCUUCAAAUAUGAGCCCCGCAUUGGGUUUUCAUUGUGGUUUUGGAGCUGUAGUUCCUGAUGGAUAUGGAAUUUGUUAUUCUAUUGGAAAAGACAAAUUAAAACUUAGUAUUAGUAGUUAUAAAAAAUGCCAAGAAACUGAUAGUUCCAGUUUUAGAAGCAUUUUGAAAAAUUCUUUGGACGAUAUGAGAGAAAUUUUAUCAUAG